AUAAUAAUAAUUAGUUAACGAUAAGCAUCCUUGUCCCAAAACAUUCUGUUUCCUGCUUCAUUUCACAUUCUGAUUCCUGCUUCUCACAUAUACACAAGUCAGUGUCCAAUGUAACUUUUCAUCUUAUAAAAGCUUAUAUAACGAAAUAUGGCUGCCAUGCAGACGACAAUAACAGCAACCAGUUCUCUUAUUCUUUCAAUCAUUCUUAUUAUCACACUGACAUCACUAAACAUCGAUGCGAAGGAACUCGACAAUGCUUGUGAAAUUAAAAUCCCUCCCAAUGUCAGUGAGAUUUUAUCUCGUUUAGUAAAAUUGGAAAAAAAGGUUUUCAAUUUUGAAUUCCAUUUAUCAAACAAGACACUUGAUGACCUUCUUAAUCCUGUACCAUUGGAUUAUUUUGCAAACGCGAGACAAUUUACCUGGAUUCCAGACGAACCAGACGGUUUAAUAGCAUAUAAAAAUUUCUACUAUGAUUUUUCAAUUUACUCUUUGAAUUUGUUAGAUGUCUAUAUUGCUUAUCCAAGAAUUAAUAUCGAUAUAAAAUGUAGAAAACAAAAUAUUCACAGACGCGAUAUAAUAUAUUUGAUUUUCAAGGAAUUGAAGAAACUCGUAUUUAUCGAUAAAUUGCAAAUGGGAAAAUCAGGAUACAUGUGUUUUUUUGUAAAUUUGUCUCAAGACAUGAAGAAGAACAGCCCUCACGCAUAUGAAGCUUGCAGUAGAAUUGGUAUAAAUCGGGAGAUAGUGAAGAACUAUUGCUGUAAACUCUAUAAAAACGAAAGUAAUCUUUAUCACCCCAAAUCUAUUUGUUUAGGAAAUAAUAUUGAAAAUAGUAUGUUUGUCAAUUAUGAAAAUAUUGUUGGAACAGUUUUGUGGAUAUUUUUCCCAUUGCUUAUUAGUUUUGUUUCAAAAGCCAAAUUACCUUCAUAUUACUAUCGAAACACAAUGCCAUACGAAUCAGAAUGGAUCAAUGGAAAACAUAGUAUUUACAGUUUCUCUCAUUUUCUGUCUUGCUUAUUUUGUUUCCAUUAUUCUUCUUUCUUUGCCUCAAGACUAAGAAGAUUCUUUUGCAUUAUGUUUUUUCUUUCAGUAAUUCUCCUGGAUCUUUUGAUGUAUUACUUCUUUUUAUAUGAAACAACAAAAAUAUUUAUACAAGACCGCAUACCAUUAGGUUUUCGCGCCCUAAUAUUAGGAAUUCCAGAAAGUUAUGAAAAUACAGGUGGCUUCCUCGGGGGUCCCUUUUUGUGGUUCAUCGGCUACAUAUUUUUCAACUGUAUUCUCUUCGUUCUUCCCAGUCGUUUAAGUGAGACUCUCGCAUAUUAUACAUUACAUCAAAGAUCCACUUGCACGUUUCUCAUUCAAAAUAUCAGAUUAUUAGAGAAAUAUGGCAGCUUAAAUAUUUCUACAGAACAGGAUUAUGAUCUACUUUAUGCAAUAAUGAAAGCUAAUAUUUCUACUGCUUUAAACCCAAAUUUCUGGCAUUUAAUAGUUUAUACUUGGAUUAACCGUAUAAAGAAAAUUUGGUUAUAUUACUACAACAGAAAUAUUUUCUGGAAAUUCCUAUUGCUUUGGUUUUUUAUUGCGAUCACAAUUUUAUUUGCUAUAUUUUCUGUCUGUGAAUUAUUUCUGUGCCUCGUUUAUUACGGAAUCCCAAUUGUUUAUUGGAUUUUAACUUUACCAUUAAGUUAUUCCAAAGUUUAUAUUUUCCCACUCUAUCUGAGUCCCAAUUAUAUUUUCAAGAUAGUUGCUGUACCUUUAACAUUUCUAUCGUUGCCAUUUUAUAUAUCAUGGGCGAUUUGUUCAAUCUACAUAUUUCUUGUAAGUUUUCAAAUCUUAAGCAACUACAUAUUCACCAUAGCUAUCGUAGUACUUGCUAAACCCGAUUGUGUAGGUUACAUAUGGUUUCUUGCCAUGUUUUUCGUUUAUGGUAUUGCAAUUGUGAACGCCUUUCUAAAGCGGUAUCAGUCAAUAAUAUUUCAGUCUAUAAAAUUCACUAAAAUGUUCCGUCCAAAUUUAGUUCAGGAAAAAUACGGAGAGGAAUUCAUAAAUGCUAAAUUGCUCAAGACAAUUGUUAGCCAUCAUUUUCCUUUGAGAUACGAGAUUGGUAAAUCCAUUGUGAAACUGUUUCUAAUCGUAUCUUUCUUCUUUGCUUGCAACAAUAUAAUAAAUCGAAAUGAUCUUGACUUAUCAGUUUUCACAAAGAUUACUUUGAUAUUGAUGACUUCUAUGAUACCUAAAUUAUUGUCAAUAAUUAAUAUUAAAUUUGAUUUUGCCAUUUCUCUCUCAGACAAACUUAUUGAUACAAUUAAUAUAUUCGAAGAUGAGAAUGCGCCACAGACCAGUGUGUUAAUUUACUAA